AUGGAACAAGAUAUUACAAUAUUAGAUAAGAUGAAACAAUAACUUUAAAACAAAGAAUAUUUGAAUUUUAAGGCAUAAAUCAAAAUAAUCAAAAGGUUUUACUCAAAGGAAAAAGAAAAUUAAAUAUGUAUACAUUGAAUAAUUAUAAUAGAAUAACAAAUAAUAUAAUUAAAUAAUAUUCUUCAGGCAAUUAAAAAUAUGGUUAUAGAGUUAACUAAAAGUAGUGAUUAUAUAAUCUCAGGUGAUUAAGAUCUAAUUAAAAUAGAAGAAAUUAAUUAGGAGAGUGAAGAAUAAAAGGAAAAUAACAUUAAAGAGGCUAAAAGAUUAUUAGACUAAGGUAUAAUAAAUUAAAUUAUAAAUUAGGAUUGGCAUUAAGGAAGUUGAAUAAAUGUUAAGAAGCCAUUGAAUAAUACGACAAAGCAAUUUCCAUUAAUCCAAAGUAUGAUAAAGCGUGGAAUAACAAGGGUAUUUAUUUGUUUAACAUUCUAUUAUAGGAUUUGCAUUAUAUAGUUUGAAUAAAUGUUAAGAAGCCAUUGAAUGCUACGACAAAGCAAUUUCCAUUAAUCCAAAGUAUGAUGCUGCGUGGAAUAACAAGGGUAUUUAUUUGUUUAACAUUCUUUUAUAGGAUUGGCAUUAAGGAAGUUGAAUAAAUAUUAAGAAGCCAUUGAAUGCUACGACAAAGCAAUUUCCAUUAAUCCUAAAAAUGAUAAUGCGUGGAAUAACAAGGGUAUUUAUUUGUUUAACAUUCUUUUAUAGGAUUUGCAUUAAGGAAGUUGAAUAAAUAUUAAGAAGCCAUUGAAUGCUACGACAAAGCAAUUUCCAUUAAUCCAAAGCAUGAUAAAGCGUGGAGUCAAAAGGGUAAAUUAAAUUAUAUUUCAGGUUAUGCCUUACAUUAACUAUAGAAAUAUAAUGAUGCAAUCUCAUGUUACGAUCAAGCUCUUUCUAUCAAUAUUAAUUCUCUAAGAUUAUAACGAAAAGGUACUUAAAACUAAUAUUUAUAUUUAGCUGAUUCAUUAUUUGAAUUAGGGAAGAAAUCAGAAGCUAAACAAUUAUAUUUGUCUGCUUUGGAAAAAGGAUCUAAUGAUAAGAAUUACAUUUAGAGAUAACUAUCAAAGUUAUGA